AUGUCUAGUGAUCAGGAUCAGGUUGCUCCUGUCAAGGAGCAAGCCUCAAUUCCCCCUGAAUCAGCAGAGCAAGCAGUCGUUACCUAUCAAUCGCCAGGCAAAAAAGGCUUCAAGUUCUGGGCUGUUAUUGCGACCUUGUCUAUCGCCGGCAACCUUACUGCUCUCGAGGCAACCAUUGUGUCAACUGCUUUGCCAACGAUCAUCACUGAGUUGAAUGGCGCUGACAAGUAUAUAUGGGUUGCCAAUGCUUAUUUAUUAUCCUUCACCGCACUACAACCAAUCUACGGCCAAUUAGCAAAUGUAUUUGGAAGACGACAUCCAAUGCUAAUCUCGACAGCGUUCUAUAUACUUGGGAGUGGAAUAUGCGGUGGUGCCAAUAAUAUUGAGAUGUUGAUCGCAGGCAGAGCAAUACAGGGCAUUGGAGCUGCUGGACUAAACGUUCUCAUCGAAAUUGUCGUUUGCGACAUUACACCUCUCAGAGAACGAGGCCUAUAUCUUGGUAUUGUAAUGGGGUCAAUUCUGUUUAGCUCUGGUCUUGGUCCCUUGUUCGGAGGACUUAUAGUGCAGAACACCAGCUGGAGAUGGGUGUUUUAUUUGAAUCUUCCUAUUGGCGGAGUUGUAUUGGUUGCAAUGGCUCUUUUCCUUCAAGUGAAAUUCGACAAUAAAAUGGCAUUCACGCUAAAAAGAUUGGAUCUUGGUGGAAGCAUCAUAUUCGCUGGAUCCGCAGCAUCUAUUUCACUCGCUCUAGCCUGGGCCGGUUCGGCAUACUCUUGGUCAUCGGUUCAAGUGAUACUCCCCCUUGUUAUGGGCUUCGUUGGAUUAGGAUGCUUUCUGAUGUACGAGAGUUUUCUUGCUGAUCCUAUCAUGCCACUUCGCCUGUUCCAGAACCGGACAUCACUUAUAGCGUUCUUUCUCACAUUCCUCCAUGCCAUUGGCGUUAUGAUGCCGCUCUACUUCCUGCCAGUUUAUUUCCAGGCUGUUCUAGGCGCCAGCCCAGAACGCUCGGGGAUUGAUCUACUACCUACCAUCCUUACGAUCAUACCAUUUGCCAUGACUGCUGGGGUUCUUCUGCAACAGUUGGGGCGUUAUAAGCCAAUUCACUUCGUCGGAUCUGCAGCUCUAGCAAUAUCAUUCGGUCUCUUCUCGCUAUUAGACGAGAACUCCUCGACUGCAGCAUGGGUACUAUUUCAGAUGUUAAUGUCCGCCGGCGCUGGUCUCAUCAUCCCCACGUUACUUCCAGCAGUGCAAGCCGAAUUGACUGACGCAGAUACCGGGAGCGCAACGGGGACAUGGACAUUUAUUCGAAGUUUUGGAAUGACUUGGGGGGUUACAAUUCCAUCCACAAUUUUCAAUGAUCGGACAAGCCAAUUGUCUGCUCGGAUACAGGAUCCAAGUGUCGUAUCUCUGCUUACUGGUGGUCAAGCGUAUGAGCGCGCGACGAAAGAAUUUGUCAAUUCAAUAGCCGAUCCCACUGUAAGAGCUCAAGUCAUCUCGGUAUUCGCAGAGAGCUUGAAGAGAAUGUGGCAAGUGGGCAUUGCUUUUGUUGCCCUUGGCUUUUUGGUGGUCUUGCUGGAGAAGGAGGUUCCAUUGCGGAAAGAAUUGAACACGGAGUACGGUAUUGAGAAAUAA